AUGAAGGAGCAACCACAUGAGCAGAGAAAAGUGGAGAGGCCAUACACUGUUCCUCUUCCAUACCCUCAAAGGUUCGACAGAGAGCUUAAGGACCAACAAUUCCCAAAGUUCCUAGAGAUUUUUAAGAAGCUGGAAAUCAAUAUUCCACUUGCUGAAGCCUUGGAACAGAUGCCUCUAUAUGCGAAAUUUCUCAAGGAUCUUAUCAACAAGAAGAAGAGUUGGGAUGAACGAGAAACUGUGAUCCUCACCCAGGAGUGCAGUGCUGUGAUUCAAAAAGGCUUGCCACCAAAACUCAAGCACCCUGGAAGCUUCUUUCUGUCAUGUACUAUUGGUAGCAUGCAAAUUAACAAGGCCUCGUAUGACUUGGGCUCAAGCAUCAAUUUAAUGCCCCUCUCCAUGAUGAGAAGACUAUCCAUAGAAGAGGUGAAGCCUACAAGAAUGUCCUUGCAACUAGCUGAUAGGUCACUUAUCAGACCCAAUAGAGUGGUAGAAAAUCUCCUGGUUAAGGUAAAAAAGUUCAUAUUCCCUGCUGAGUUUGUCAUUCUAGACUUGAAUGAAGAAGGAAAUGAUUCCAUCAUAUUGGAAAGACUUUUUCUAGGCACAACAAGGACCAUUAUAGAUGUAGAGAAAGGAGAAAUGAUCUUGAGGGCACAUAAGGAGUAA